AUGCCUUCAUCUCCAGAAGCUUCACCAAAAGGUUCAGAAGACGGAGACGAAUAUGUGCCACGAUCACCAUCUCCAAAAAGACCAAGAAGAUCAGAGAGCCCCGAAAAACGCCGUGAAAAAUCAAGGAGCCCGGAGAGAAGAAGAGAACGAUCUAGAAGUCCAGAGAGACGCAGACGUCGAAGAUCUUCUUCACAUGAACGUGAUUCUUCAAGAAGACGAAGAUCUUCUUCACGCGAUCAUGAUUCAAGAAGACGAAGAAGAUCAAGAACUCCGCCAAGAAGGAGACGAAGUCCAAGUCCCGAAGCUGCUCCAGCUCCAAAAAAAGAGGAGAAGCCUAAAGAAGAGGUCAAGGAUUUGUUGAGAACUCGAACUGGAGGAGCCUAUAUUCCACCUGCAAAAUUGCGACUUAUGCAAGAGCAAAUUCAGGAUAAGGUAUGGGUUUUUGAAUAUGAGUUAUGACGUGGCAAAAUCAAUAAUUUCCAGGCUGGCGAACAAUAUCAACGUAUGAAUUGGGAGCGUUUGAAGAAGAAGAUUCAUGGUUUGGUGAAUCGUGUGAAUGUGGGAAAUUUGGUGCAGAUUGUCAGAGAAUUGUUGCAGGAGAAUGUGAUUCGUGGAAAGUAUGUGGAUUUUUGCUGAUGAAAAUUGGGCUUGGGACCCCGAAAAUUGGAUUUUUCAUGAAAUUUGAGGCCGGAAAAGGGAAAUUCCAUGAAAAAUCUUAUCUGAAACCUGAAAAACUUGAUUUUUGACUUACAAUUUCAAAAAAUCUGUUUUUAUGAAAAUGAAAAAAUUCAAAAGGGACAUUUUUUUCCAAACGUGACCUAUAUUUAAAAAAUUAAAAAUGACGUGGAAUUUCUACAAUUCAAAAAAUCAUUUUGGCAUUUUAUUUCAUCAAGAAAUGGUCAGGAUUCAUUGAAGUGAGUAAAAAAAUCCAGAAAAUUGCAGCUUUUGCUGGAAAUUUCAGGGGUUCUAUUGAAAACUCAGCCAGAAAUCAAUUGAAACCUGAAAAUUAUGAAAAAUCCUGCUUUUCCAAGGUAAAUUCAUCAGAAUAACUGAAAAUCACGAUUUUUCCUGCGACCAAAACAAGAUUCUAAUGAAAAAUUAUUCAAAAUUCAUUGGAGAACCUGGUUUUGCUGAAAUUUCCUGCUGAAUUCAUAGUUUCAAUCUGGAAAUUCUCAAAAACCUAUGAUUUUCCGUCUCGAGUUGCAGAAAAAAUUUUAAUGUGUAAUUUGAGACAGAAAAUCAUAGGUUUUUGAGAAUUUCCAGAUUGAAACUUUGAAUUCAGCAGGAAAUUCCAUAAAAACAAGGCUCUCCAAUGAAUUUCGAAUAACUUUUCAUUAGAAUCUUAUUUUGGUCCCAGGAAAAAUUGUGAUUUUCAGUUAAUCUAAUGAGUUUUGCUUGGAAAAACAAGAUUUUUCAUAAUUUUCAGGUUUCAAUUAAUUUUUGGGUGAUUUUUCCUGGAUUUUCGAGCAGAAAUGAAGAUUUCUACUAAAAAAUACCAUAUUUUCCAAAGGAAAAAUGGAUUUGAUGUUGAAAAAUCACCAAAACGUUUUGGAAAACAGGAUUUUUGGAUAUUUCGGUCAGAAAUCAAUUUUCAAUGAAAUGGAACCCGGAGAAGGGAAAAUUUGGUGAUUUUUAGGUUGUAAACCAUAAAAAUUCAAACUUCCAACAUUCCCGGGUUGAAAGUAGGAAAAAUCCAUUGAUAUUUUGGUCAGAAAUUCAAUUUCUAUGAAAUUUGACUUGGAGUAGGCAAAAUCCGAUGAUUUUUAAGUUGUAAACCAUAAAACUUCAAAUUUGCAACAUUCCCGGGUUGAAAGUAGGAAAAAUCCAUUGCUAUUUCGGUCAGAAAUCAAUUUUCAAUGAAAUGGAACCCGGAGAAGGGGAAAUUUGGUGAUUUCCAGGUUGUAAACCAUAAAAAUUCAAACUUUCAACAUUCCCGGGUUGAAAGUAGGCAAAAUCCAUUGAUAUUUUGGUCAGAAAUUCAAUUUCUAUGAAAUUUGAUUUGGAGUAGGCAAAAUCCGAUGAUUUUUAAGUUGUAAACCAUAAAACUUCAAAUUUGCAACAUUCCCGGGUUGAAAGUAGGAAAAAUCCAUUGAUAUUUCGGUCAGAAAUCAAUUUUCAAUGAAAUGGAACCCGGAGAAGGGGAAAUUUGGUGAUUUCCAGGUUGUAAACCAUAAAAAUUCAAACUUUCAACAUUCCCGGGUUGAAAGUAGGAAAAAUCCGUUGAUAUUUCGGUCAGAAAUCAAUUUUCAAUGAAAUGGAACCCGGAGAAGGUGAAAUUUGGUGAUUUUAAGGUUGUAAACCAUAAAAAUUCAAACUUCCAACAUUCCCGGGUUGAAAGUAGGAAAAUUCCAUUGAUAUUUUGGUCAGAAAUUCAAUUUCUAUGAAAUUUGACUUGGAGUAGGCAAAAUCCGAUGAUUUUUAAGUUGUAAACCAUAAAAAUUCAAACUUCCAACAUUCCCGGGUUGAAAGUAGGCAAAAUCCAUUGAUAUUUUGGUCAGAAAUUCAAUUUCUAUGAAAUUUGAUUUGGAGUAGGCAAAAUCCGAUGAUUUUUAAGUUGUAAACCAUAAAAAUUCAAACUUCCAACAUUCCCGGGUUGAAAGUAGGCAAAAUCCAUUGAUAUUUUGGUCAGAAAUUCAAUUUCUAUGAAAUUUGACUUGGAGUAGGCAAAAUCCGAUGAUUUUUAAGUUGUAAACCAUAAAAAUUCAAACUUCCAACAUUCCCGGGUUGAAAGUAGGCAAAAUCCAUUGAUAUUUUGGUCAGAAAUUCAAUUUCUAUGAAAUUUGAUUUGGAGUAGGCAAAAUCCGAUGAUUUUUAAGUUGUAAACCAUAAAAAUUCAAACUUCCAACAUUCCCGGGUUGAAAGUAGGCAAAAUCCAUUGAUAUUUUGGUCAGAAAUUCAAUUUCUAUGAAAUUUGACUUGGAGUAGGCAAAAUCCGAUGAUUUUUAAGUUGUAAACCAUAAAAAUUCAAACUUCCAACAUUCCCGGGUUGAAAGUAGGCAAAAUCCAUUGAUAUUUUGGUCAGAAAUUCAAUUUCUAUGAAAUUUGAUUUGGAGUAGGCAAAAUCCGAUGAUUUUUAAGUUGUAAACCAUAAAAAUUCAAACUUCCAACAUUCCCGGGUUGAAAGUAGGCAAAAUCCAUUGAUAUUUUGGUCAGAAAUUCAAUUUCUAUGAAAUUUGACUUGGAGUAGGCAAAAUCCGAUGAUUUUUAAGUUGUAAACCAUAAAAAUUCAAACUUCCAACAUUCCCGGGUUGAAAGUAGGAAAAUUCCAUUGAUAUUUUGGUCAGAAAUUCAAUUUCUAUGAAAUUUGACUUGGAGUAGGCAAAAUCCGAUGAUUUUUAAGUUGUAAACCAUAAAAAUUCAAACUUCCAACAUUCCCGGGUUGAAAGUAGGCAAAAUCCAUUGAUAUUUUGGUCAGAAAUUCAAUUUCUAUGAAAUUUGAUUUGGAGUAGGCAAAAUCCGAUGAUUUUUAAGUUGUAAACCAUAAAACUUCAAAUUUGCAACAUUCCCGCGUUGAAAACCCUUAAUUUUGCACCAGAAAACCUAUUUUCAUUGAAAAUGUUUGAAAUUCAAAGGAAAAAUCGCUCAGAAGUUAAAGAAACAACGAUUCUAAUGAUCAAAAAUCACUAUUUUCCCCCAGAAAACCUGCCCAAACCCCCAUAUUUUUCCAGAGGUCUCCUAUGCCGCUCCAUCAUCCAAGCGCAAGCCUUCUCCCCCGGCUUUUCGCACGUCUACGCGGCUCUCGUCGCCGUAAUCAACUCAAAAUUCCCGCACGUCGGUGAACUUCUCCUUCGUCGUCUCAUCGUGCAAUUCAAACGAAGUUUUCGGCGAAAUGAUAAAGGUGUCACAGUUCCAAUCGUCAAAUUCAUCGGACAUUUGAUAAAUCAACAAGUUGCGCACGAAGUUUUGGCCCUCGAGAUCAUUAUUUUGAUGUUGGAAGAGCCAACAGAUGAUUCGGUUGAAGUUGCGAUCGCAUUUUUGAAAGAAUGUGGAGCCAAGUUACUGGAAGUCGCGCCUGCUGCACUCAACAGUGUUUUCGACCGGCUUCGUGUUAUUUUGAUGGAAUCGAAUGCGGAAGAUCCGGAGAUGAAGAUUGAUGUUAGAAUUCGAUAUAUGAUUGAAGUUGCGAUGCAGAUCAGGAAAGAGGGAUUUAAGGUAACUCAUUUUGGAGUGAAAAUUUUUUUUCAUGCAAAUUUGACCUAUUUUCAUAAAAAAACGCGUAAAAUCUGAAAAUUUGCUGAAAAUCCACGUAUUUCUUCUUGGCGGAAAAAAAAAUUAAAAUUUGAAUUUUUCUUCCAAACGGCAAGAGUUCGAUAGAGCGCGUUUGCUAUUUUUGAGCUAAAAAUCACGAUUUCUGACCUGAAAUUGGUGAAAUUUCACGGUGUUUAGUUUUUUCAAGCUGUAAAAUUCGAUUUUGUGCAGAAAUUGACUGAAAAUCCACCGUCUUCCCCGAAUUUAGGUGAAAAAUCACGUUUUUCUUUACAACGAAAAAAAAAAUGAAAUUUUGAAUUUUUUCUGGAAACGCCAAGAGUUCGAUGGGGCGCGUUUGCUAUUUUUACUCAAUUUUUCACGAUUUCGACGAUUUUUGGCUCAAAAUUUGUCAUUUUCCUAAGCUAAAAGAUGGUUUCGUGCUGAAAUUGACUGAAAAUUCAAACUUUCCAUCAAAAACUCAGCCUAGAACUCGUAUUUUUUCAUUGCAAAAAAAUUGAAUUUUUCUUCGAAACGCCAAGAGUUCAAUGGGGCGCGUUUGCUAUUUUUGGUCAAUUUUUCACGAUUGUUAGCUGAAAAUAAUGGUUUUUCAUCGUUUUUUCUGAAAUUUUCGAUUUUACACCUGAAAAUCCACCAAAAUUCAAUAAAUUCAACAAAUUUUAUUCCUUCUUCAAAGUUUUCUCCCUCAAAAACUCCUCAAAUUUGCGAUAUUCAUCCUCUCCCAACACAAAUUGCACCAAACCGCCAUCUUUUUGUGUCGGAGUUGUCGGAACUCCGGGAAUCGGUGAAAUGUUAUAGGGAUGGAGAUAGGUGUGGAUUUUUUCGAAGUUUCGGGCGGUGGAGAUGAGAGUUAGCUGAAAUUAGGUGAAAAUUGGGCAUUUUUGGUCAAAAUUGGACUAUUUUUCAUGAAAAAUCAUGUUUUUUGCACCUAGAACUCACAUUUCUGGGAGCUGGCGAUUCCAUAAUCGAUUUCAGCUUUUUCAAGCGCUCAUCCCGUUGUUCUUUGUGAAAUUUCUCGAUUUUUGCUUUUUCGGUUCGAUGUCGGCUCAAAAGCCAAUUGUAGUAAUUUAUUUGCUCCAAAUCUUUGCGGUGUUGAGUUUCUUGCUCCUGAAAAUUUGCAUUUUGAAAGGAAAAACUGUGCCAGACUUGCAGAAAAGUGGGCGGAGCCUAAUUUUCAUACUUUAUUGAAUUUUGGUGGAUUUUCAGUUGAAAAAUCGAAAGUUUCAGAAAAAAUGAUGAAAAACUAUUAUUUUUGGGCUAAAAAUCGUAAUUUAUUGUCCAAAAAUAGCAAAUGCGCUCCAUUGAACACUUGGCGUUUUCGAGAAAAAUUCAAAUUUUUAUUUAUUUUUCUCCUAGGAAAAUUAUUUGAUUUUUAUUGAAAAGAAACUAUGCGAGACUUGCAGAAAAGUGGGCGGAGCCUAAUUUCAUUUAAAUUUUGUGGAAAAAAUCGUCAAAAUCAUGGCUUUUGCCCAAAAAUAGCAAACGCGCUCCAUUGAACACUUGGGGGGGGGGGUUUUCGAGAAAAAUUCAAAUUUUUAGUUUUUUUGCUCCUAUGAAAAAUUUUGUGAUUUUAUUGGAAAAAACUAUGCCAGACUUGCAGAAAAGUGGGCGGAGCCUAAUUUUCCAUGAAAAACCGUAGAAAUUGUGAUUUUUUGCCUAAAAAUGUAGCAAACGCGCUCCAUUGAACUCUUGGCGUUUUCGAGAAAAAUUCAAAUUUUCAUUUUUUCCCCCCAAAAAAACUAACCUUAUUUUCACCAAAUACUACCAAAAUCAAAAUUGAAAUUGUGAAAAUAAAAAUGGAAAAUUGAUUCAUUUCUAGUUUUCAAAAUGAAAUAAAAGAGAGAUUUUUGUGUGGAAAAAGAAUAAAAAUGAAGAAAAAAGAAAAAAGAAGGCGGAGGACUGGACUGUGUCCGAAAAUCUUGUUUUUUCCUCUUUUUUUCUCUUUUUUUUUCUUGCGCUUCUUAAAAGAUGAUAAUAAUAAUAAUAAUAAUUAUUAUUGUUGUUUUCUUAGUGUAAAAAUCGCAUUUUUCCCAUGAUUUAUUCGAAUUUUUACCUGUUUUUCCAGGCAUAUCCAGCGGUUUUGGAGGAUUUGGAUUUGAUUGAUGAGGAGGAUCAGAUUACGCAUACGUUGAAUUUGGAAGAGGCCACGGAUCCCGAGAAUGGACUGAGUAAGGAUUUUUGGGACAUUUUGAGCGGGAAAAUUGAAAUUUUCAUGGUUUUCUGGUCUAGAAGGCCGAAAAAAUGAAAAAAUAAAAAUUUUCAAAAUAGUCGCCAGGUGGACUCGAACCCCCGACCUCUUGAACAGAGAGCUAGACACUUACCGCCUACACCAACUGCUCAGCUAAAUUCUGAGCUUUUUUUUGAGCCUAAGCUUGAUCAGAAAGCCUGAAAAUUACAGAAUUUUGAAAAAAAAAUCCAUCCAGGAAAAAUUAGGUUUCAAAAAUAUCAUAAAUAUUUUUCCGGAAAUUUUUGAGACGAUUUACAUUUUGUUUUACAAUUCAGAAUUUUUCAGAAAAAAUUUUUCAAUUCAACACGAGCAAAUGGUGUAGGCGGUAAGUGCCUUGAUCACUGUUUGGAAGGUCGCAGGUUCAAGUCCGCCUUGGAACUACUACUUUUUCAAAAAAAAAUUUUCAAAUAGUCCCCAGGUGGACUCGAACCCGCCACCCUUAACUUAGUGGUGUAGACACUUACCGACUACACCAUCUGCUUUCAAAACUAGUCGCUCUUCAAAUUACAACACGAAAUUUUAGACAAUAAAAUACAAAAAUCAAGAUUUCAAUGAAAAACACUUGAAAAAGUCUUCAAGAAUCCGGAUUUUUCAAAACAAAAAAGUGAAAAUUCAAGAAAAUCUACUGUAAUUUCAGACGUCUUCAAAUUGGAUCCGGAUUUCGAGAAAAACGAAGAAGCCUACGAUGAGAUUCGCAAGGAAAUAAUUGGAGACGCCGAUGUUUCGAGUGAUGAAGAAGAUGAUGAUGAAGAUGAGGAGAGUGAUGAAGAGAAUCAGGAGAAAGAGCCGAAAAAAACGACGACAGAGAUUAUUGAUAAUACUGAUCAGAAUUUGAUUGCGUUUAGAAGGUGAGAGCGAUUUUAUGACCCUGAAAUUAAGAAAAUUGAGCCCAGGAGCUAAAAAUCUCUAGUUUUUAGCCUGAAAUUGGAAAAUUUCGUCCAAAAUUGAUCCUAGGAGCUCUUUGGAGGAUUUUUUAACCUGAAAUUGAGAAAAUUGAGCCAGGAUUGCUCUAGGAAAUGAGAAAUCGGAAUAGACUUCAAAAUUGAUCUGGGAGCUGAAAAUCUCUAGUUUCGAGCCUGAAAUUGAGAAAUUUCGUCCAAAAUUAAUAUAGAAGCUGAAUAUCUCUAGUUUUGAACCAAAAAUUGAGGAAAUUAAGCCAGGAUUACUCUAGAAAGUGAAAAAUCUGAAUUUUUCCUCUGUAAUUGGUCAUAUAAUGCUCUAAUUCGAAUUUUGAGCAAAUUUUUGGAAUUUUUCACUGAAAUUUGCUCCUAAGAGCUCUUUGGAUGAUUUUUUGUCUGAAAUUGUGAACAUUGAGCCAGAAUUGCUAUAGGAGCUGAAAAAUCUGAAUUUUUGACUUCAAAAUUGAUCCUGGAGCGAAAAUGUGAGUAUUUCUGUUCAAAAUCAGGUUCAAUAGGUUUUCUAAGCUUAAAAUUUUGAAUUUUGAGCUAAAAUUGUCCUAGAGACGAUAUUUUUACCUGGAAAAUUGAAAAAUCUGAAGUUUUGAGCCGGAAAUUGAGAAAUUUAACUCAAAAUAAAUUGAUCUUAUAGACUUCUGAAGGCUCAGAAUUCGGAAAAUCUGAAUUUUUGAGCCUAAACUCGAGGAUUUUGGCCUAAAUUUGAGCCUAGAACGAAAUUUUCCCGAAUUUUUCAUUCAGGGCUCAAAAAUGAUGAUUCAAAAUUACAAAAAAAUUUGAAAUUUUGUUUGCCACGUGGCAGAAUUUUCAAAUUUCUCCCCAAAAAUCUUCAUUUUUUUCCAGAGAAGUCUAUUUGACCCUCCAAUCCUCCUUGGAUUUCCAAGAAGCCGCUCACAAAUUGCUCAAAAUGGGAAUUAAACCCGAAAUGGAAAAUGAGCUGUGCAAUAUGUUGGUCGAUUGUUGUGCACAACAAAGAACCUACGAGAGAUUCUAUGGAAUGUUGAUUGAACGAUUUUGUCGAUUGAGAUUGGAGUAUCAGGUGGGGAAUUUGAGGGUUUUUGGUGAAAAAAUGGCUGAAAAUGAUGAAUUUUGAGCCAAAAACCAUGAUUUUUGAUGAAAAUUGAGCAAAAAUCGAUAAUUUUCCAGCAAAUGUUUGAACAAAUCGCCCGCGACAGUUAUGCCACUGUACACCGCUUCGAUAUUACGAAAUUGAGAAAUCUGGCGCGAUUGGUGGCACAUUUAUUGGUGACUGAUGCGAUUGAUUGGAAGGUGAGCGGAUUUGGAGCAUUUUGAGCCAAAAUUUGGGAGAAUUAUAUGAUUUUGAGCUGGAAUUGAUAAUUACUAGAUUUUUUAAGUCCAGAAAAUCGGAAAAUUUGAAUUUUUUCUUUGAAAAACCAAAAUUUCAGGGUUUUUUUCUGAUUUUGAGCCCGAAAAUGAUGAAUUUGGAGCAUUUUGAGCUAGAAUUGAUAUUUUCAAGAUUUUUUCAGCCUAGGAAAUCUGGAAAUUUGAAUUUUUCACUAAAAAACUGAAAUCUCAGAGUUUUUCUGAUUUUGAGCCCGUAAAUGAUGAAUUUGGAGCAUUUUGAGCCAGAAAUCGUGAAAAUUGGAUCAUUUUGAGCUAGAAUUGAUAUUUUCUAGAUUUUUCAGUCCCAGAAAUCUAAAAAUUCUGAAUUUUUCACAAAAAAACUGAAAUUUCAGGGUUUUUUCUGAUUUUGAGCACGAAAAUGAUGAAUUUGGAGCAUUUUGAGCCAGAAAUCGUGAAAAUUGGAGAAUUUUGAGCUAGAAUUGAUAUUUUCAUGAUUUUUUAGUCCAAGAAAUCUGAAAAUUCUGAAUUUUUAGCCCAAUUUUGAAGAUUUGACCUGAAAUCAGUGUAAAAUUCAGAAAAGGCUGAAAAUUUCGAUUUUUUUGGUCCUGAAAUUGAAUUUUGACGUAGAAAAUUGAAAUUUUUGGAUUUUCUAUCAGAAAAAGCUGAAAAUUUCAGUUUUCGAUCCAAAAAAGCCCAGAAUUUCCUUCUUCCAGAUCUGGUCCGACGUAAAAUUGACUGAAGCCGACACAACUUCAUCCGGCCGAAUUUAUAUCAAAUAUGUUUUUCAAGAAUUGGUCGAAGCGAUGGGUUUGGUGAAAUUGUAUGAGAGAAUGAAGGAUCCGUGAGUUUUUCGGGGGAAUUUUUGAGCCUGAAAAUGCUGAAAAUCAUGAAUUUUGAGCCCGGGAGCGUUAAAUUUGGGCCUUAGAAGCCUUAGGCUACAAAAAUGCUGUUUUAGGGCCUAAAUUGACCCUAGAAACCUUAAUUUUUGACCCAGGAGGCCUCUAAAUUAAGGCCUAAUUCAUGGGCUCUAGAAUUCCUAUUUUUGGGUCUUAAAAAUGAACCUCUGAGCCCUAAUUUCACUUCAAAUACCCUAAUCUCUUUAAAAACCUUUAAAGCCCUAAUUUUGGGCCCUAAAAAUGAUUUGUAAGCCUUAAUUUGGGGCCCUAAAAAUCCUUAAAAUUUUUACCUUAAAACCUAUGCCUUAAAAUGACCCUGGAAGCCUCAAUUUUGAACCUUAAAAAUGAACCUUAAUUUUGGGCCUUAAAAUGAUCUCAGAAGCACCUAAAACCUUAAUUUUGAUCCUAAAUACCUCAAUUUUGGGCCCUUAAUUCUCCCUAAAUACCCUAACUCCCCUAUUUACCCUAAAUUUAAUUUCACAUAUUUUCCAGAACCCUUGCCAACUAUUUCUCCGGUCUUUUUCCGCGUGACAAUCCGGCCAACGCUAGAUUUGCCAUCAAUUAUUUCACCGCCAUCGGACUUGGUGGAUUGACGUGAGUUUUUUGGCUGAAAAUCUGGAAAUUCUGGAAUUUUUUCAAGAAAUCUGAGAAAUUCUGCGUUUUUUGAUGUAAAAAUUGCUCCAGAAGUUGGAAAAUCCCAAAUUUCCCACUGAAAAUCUGAAAAAUCUGAAAGUUUUGCAGUUUGGAUCAUCGUGCCUGGCUUGACAAAGGACUCAAAAAACAAAAGGAUCUUUUCGAGAGUUUGAACGAUUCUUCGUCUUCAGAUUCAUCGAGUUCGGAUUCGGAUUCUUCUGAUUCAGAUUCGGAUUCAGAAUCAGAUUCAUCAUCGGAUUCCUCGGAUUCAGUGGAAUCUACACCGCCCAAAAAAUCGAAGAAAAAUAAGAAAGUUGAGGAGAAAAAGAAGAGAAAAAGGUAGGGUUUUGGGGAGGAAUUUUGGGUGGAAAUUCUGAAAAUUUUGCUGAAAAUCUGAAAUUUUGAGCCUAAAUUGUAUAUUUUCAGCUCAAACCCUGAAAAAUCUCAAAAAAAAAAAUCCACCUUCAAUAUGAAUAUUCAUGAGCAUAAUAUUAUUUAUUUUUUUCAUGAGUCAAAAAAAAUCCCCUGAAAAAUUGGAAUUUUUAAUUGAACUCUGAUGAACCGGAAAAUUGAAAAGGGUUUUUGCCUUGAAAAAAUGAGGAAAAAAUGAACUUUGCACUUUUUUUGAGGAGAAUUUGGGGGAAAAUUUGAAAAAAAAAUGUGAAAAAUAGCAAAUGCGCUCUAUUGAAAUCUCUAGAAUUCAAAAAUAGUAAAUUCGAUUAAAAAUAUUUAAAUUUUUCCAAAAUUAUGCAAAAAUUGCAAUCGUGCUUUAACUUUUUUGAAAAUUUUGAAUUCACAAGUGUCAAUUGCGCUCUACUGAAACUCCUAGAAGAUAUCAAAAUUUCAAAAUUCUUCAAAAAUUAUGGAAAGUUUCAAGUGCGCUCUAUUGAACAAUUGGAAAUUUUUUUUUUUAAUUUUGAAAAUUCAAAAUGCGCUCUACUGAAAUCCUGGUUUAUAUUUGAAUAUUUGAAAACAAAUAUUUUUUUAUGUUGAAGUGUGCUCUAUUGAAACACGUUAAAAAAUGUUAAAAUUUUGAAAAAUAGCAAAUUCGCUCUAUUGAAACCUAUAGAAUUCAUUGAAAAAUUUGAAAAAUAGCAAAUUUGCCCUAUUGAAAUCCCUUAAAAAUCCAAAAUUUUCUUCCAGCCGCGAAAAAUCGCCAGAAAAACGUCACCACCAUCAUCACCACCACAAAAAAUCGGAGGAGAGCCGCGACGACCGCGAGCACAAGAGCCGCGACAGAAGUCGCGACAAAAAAUCGUCGUCGCAUCACAAAAGUCGCCGCGCGGAAGACGAUUCGCCACGCGAAAAUCGCCGCCGCCGCAGCAGAUCUGUCGAAAAUCGCCGGGAUGAUGAGAAAAGGCGAAGACAUUGA